AUGUUUAUCGUCAUUUGUCGACGUUCGAUAUUAAAUGGGGAUACCAAUUUAAUUGCCAUUCCAGAAGCAUCACAUGGACAAAUUCAAGAUUUAAUUCGAAGAAAAUCAGAUUAUCCAAAAGUACAACAAGCAUUACGAUCAAUGGAAUUAGGUAAUGGUUCGUACUUAGAAAUUACAAUCGAAGAUCAUCAAAGUGAUAAAUAUGCACAUGUCAUACUUGCAUAUGGACGACAAAAACCGGUUUACGGCGCGUAG